AUGUCCAACGUACCCGGCAAUACGUCGUCGUCAGGCUCGCCUGCAUUACUGUACUUGCGAACCGCGGCUUACUCUACAACAACCACUGAGCCGGUUCCAAUAGACCCCAGCAAGCUGAAGAAGCUCGGUCCCCUUCACGAGCACUUGGAGAUCAUCAGGCAGUACACACCUGGGCAGGUGGCAAGAGACAUCUGGACUGCGUCUGCCUUGCAAUUUGGUGACAAUGGCCUCUUGGCCAACGAAAACGUAGACGCUGGCGAAUACAGCAGUUCCUGGACAUUCUGGGAGAAGAUGGCCAACACUGCAGACGCCCUUGGUACAGCGCGAUACCUCAACAAUGCCUUUGACUUGCACUAUUUGUGCUUCGUCGAGAUAUUUACGGACACGGGCCGGAGACUUUCCCACUGGGAUACAACGCCAGAAGACGCGGGCCAAAUGGAUCAAGAUCAAAAGGCCUCGAAAGUCAUGGCUAGCACGCCUCUCCUUUUGCAGCUCCUGACCAGAGCCGUCAUCGGGGCUGCGAGAUCCUGCACUACGUCUGCCGACAGUAAGCUCGCUCGGGUGAUGCUUGACGCAGCACACUGUGUAUUUCGGCAAUUGAAAUAUGCCACGCGAGUCCGAGCACUUCUGAUCCUCUUCGACGUCUACAGAAACACCCUGAUAGACCUAUGGCAUGGGCAAGACACUUCGGGCACUCCGAAGCCACAUGACCGCGACAGUGCGUCGCCAGUAUCGCCAAAGUCGUCUCGACUGGACCAGGAGUAUUCGUUGGAUGACCUAGUCUGGUGUAUUCACCCGGCCAUCUUCAAUCGAGAAUAUUUCGUUGUCUCUACACACCUGCUCAACUUGUCGCGAUACCAUCGAAGCUGGCUAAGUCUGCCAGCACGCUCCACGGCAUGGGAGAAGCCUGUCGCGGAGUUUGUGAGGAACUUGGCCAUCCCCUCCAAAACUAGUCAAGCAUGGGUCCGGCUUGUACAUGAGCAUGAAUCUUUUGAGCCACCUAAUUUCCUCGACGCAUACAUUCAAGAAGCCAAGGCAUUCCUGCAGUGGUGUACGAAUGCGGUGUUCGAAGGACAAACCGUCCUGAACGGGGCCUUCACAGACCAAUCGCCGUCUUCUCAUGUGGUGUCGCGUGAUUCUCUCAACGACGCGAGACUGACCCUAUAUUGGUUCUUUGUAUAUCGUAGGAAGACCUUGGACACUCAGCCCGUUCGACCCAGUCAUUCCUCAGCAAAUUCCCUGCCCAGCUUUCCGCAUUCCGACAACGCUCACACCACAUUUGAUGCCUUUUGGGUCCUCUCCAGCUUUAUCUUCGGCUUCUGCGGCCCCGAGGCUCUACUCACUUCACUGGGGUCCAUCUCCGACUACACUCUUACCAAGCUGAAUCGCAUGUUCAAAUGGCCACAUGGGUUCGUAUGGCACUACCUCCAGCAGACUAUUUGCCAUGCAUCGAGACUCCACGCGGACGGCGAUUUCCUGCAGCAAAUGAACGUCCAGCAGAAAAACCUCGACCUCGCGAUCCUUGGUGCAACACAACCGAGCAAAGCCGACGAUCAACCUCUGGUCCGAAUUGCUACCGAAUUACAUCCGCAACCGCUCCCGCAGUUCAUCGACGCAACAAUCCUCGAGUCCCACACUCGGAGCUCCUCGAAAGUCAUGUUCACCGCAUCCCCCAACUCGUACCACCCUCCAGAUAAACUUCCGGUCAAACUCCCUAAACGCCGCUGGCUCCAAAGGCUCAGUCUUCCACGCAUCAGCGUCACCAGCAUCCAAGCCGACAGCAUCAGCAAGCCUAGUAUGAGCAGGAGUAGGACGGAGCCCAGAACAUUGUCGACACCCACCCAGGCUAGACCACCCCGGCGGUCUGCCCACUCGUGGGACCCAGCGGUGGCGGUGGCGGCUGCCUCAGAUCCAUGCAAAGUUGAGGAGUUCCCGGGCGAUUACUCAGCCAUUGUGCCAGACUUGCUGUACACGACCUGUGGGAUAGAAGAAUCGUCGCGGGUCGAGAAACACCGUGCAGGGACGACAACCGCGACCGCCGCCACCACCAGACCCGCUGACGGAGGAGCCAUCGCCGCAGGAACGCUACGCCUGGGCGCCGAUAAGAUCGCUUCGGUCGUGCAUUCGACGGAGAUCCUGUUGGCUGGGGGACGGCGUCCUUUCGUCGUACUACACUGA